CAUGCAGUCACAAGCACAGGGAGACGUUGGCGCUCCGAGCUAAAAAAAAAACAACAACAAAAAACCAAACAAAACGCUUUUACUUUUUAAAUUUUUUCUUUUUUAGUUUGGCACCACGGAAUGAGCUGAGCGGAGCCGGCGACUGCAGGGCUGUACGAGUGGACGACUCUGGUGGCAUGGUGUGCUGAAACAGAGACCCCAGCAAGCACAGAGAGACAGAGGUUGCACUGUGCAUCAUGUUUGAAUGCCGAUAAUCAAUUAGAAAUAUACAUGACUGUGCUGCUGCAUUGCCUAUAGCCUCGCCGGGCUGUAGCAAGUCGCCUUUUAUUGAAGAAGCCCGUCUGAAGCGGCCACCGUGCGGGGCUGAGGGUGCAACUGAACGGACAAUCGCACCCGGACCAUUGAGGGGGUUCGGAUGAGGUGGUUGAUCGGGUUGUUCGGUUUGAGAAAUCCAGCCAACUUUUUCUCUAUUCCUUUCUAACAGCAGUGCCAUCGGGCAUUGCUCAGGAGAUGGCGAUGAGGUUGUUCUACUUGGGAUUUAUACUCUACUUGGAGAUCGUAUCUCCUAACGGUGCAACCGUAGCUCCCAAAACUGACGACCAUCCCAAGACCUGCAGCUCUAAGCAGUUUGUAUGUAAGGACCAAGUGACCUGUAUCUCCAAAGGCUGGCGCUGUGACGGAGAGAAGGACUGUCCAGAUGGCUCAGACGAAUCACCAGAUAUCUGCACACACAACAGAGUGAACCAGUGUCCUGUCAAUGAUCAUGGGUGUAUGGACCUGGAUGUGUGUAUCCAUAUGAGCAAACUGUGUGACGGAGUCCCCGACUGCUCCGAUGGCUGGGACGAGGGUCCUCAUUGCAGAGAACGAGCACCAGACUGUGCCUCCCAUGGGUGCCAGUUUCACUGUGCUGUGACUUAUGAUGGGCCUCAGUGCUACUGUAGAAACGGCUAUGAGGUUGCUGCAGAUGGAAAGACAUGUAAAGAUUUCAAUGAGUGCAAUGUGUACGGGACAUGCAGUCAGACAUGUACCAACAACGAGGGCUCCUACACCUGCAGCUGUGUGGAGGGCUACCUGCUGCAGCCAGACAACCGCUCCUGCAAAGCCAAAAAUGAGCCUGUGGAUCGUCUGCCUAUGCUGUUGAUUGCUAACCUCCAUGACAUCCGCUGCACCUCUCUGAGUGGCUCCACAUCCCGGCUACCCACCAUCACCACCAAGCAGACUAUGGCUAUGGACUUCAUCUAUGCCGAUGAGACUGUGUGCUGGAUAGAUGUGGGUGACACCCCUGCCGCCACCCAGCUGAAGUGCGCCAGCAUCCCUGACCUGAAGUCUGUCAUAAACAUCCGCACCAUCAACAUCUCCCUCAGCCUGCACCAUGUCGAGCAGAUGGCUAUCGACUGGCUGACCGGAAACUUCUACUUUGUGGAUGACGUGGAUGAUCGGGUGUUUGUCUGCAACAAGAACGGCCAGACAUGUGUGACCCUGCUGGACCAAGAGCUGUACAACCCUAAGGGCAUUGCCUUGGACCCGGCAAUGGGUAAAGUGUUCUUCACAGACUAUGGGUCAACACCGAGGGUGGAGCGCUGUGACAUGGAUGGUCAGAACCGCACUAAGCUGGUGGACAGUAAGAUCGUUUUCCCUCAUGGUAUCACGCUGGACCUGGUCAACCGGCUGGUGUACUGGGCUGACGCCUACCUGGAUUACAUCGAAGUGGUCGACUAUGAGGGCAAAAACCGACACACCAUCAUCCAGGGCCUGCUGAUUGAGCACCUAUACGGACUGACUGUAUUUGAGAAUUAUCUGUAUGCUACAAACUCGGAUGAAGGCAACCUCAACCCCAAGACCAGCGUGAUCCGAGUGAACCGCUUCAACAGCUCCGACUUCCAGGUGGUGACGCGGGUAGACCGGGGAGCCGCACUCCAUGUGUACCACCAGAGGCGCCAACCUCAAGUGCGCAGCCAUGCAUGUGCCCUGGAUCAGUUUGGGAAGGCUGGAGGUUGUUCUGACAUCUGUCUGCUGAGCAACAGCCACAAGACCCGUACCUGCCGCUGUCGCUCUGGAUUCAGCCUUGGCAGUGAUGGCAAGUCCUGCAAGAAACCAGACCAUGAGUUGUUCUUGGUGUACGGUAAGGGUCGCCCUGGAAUCAUCAGGGGCAUGGACAUGAAUGCCAAGGUUCCUGAUGAGUACAUGAUUCCCAUUGAGAACCUAAUGAACCCCCGAGCUCUGGAUUUCCACGCCGCCAGCGAGUUCAUCUACUUCGCUGAUGCCACCAGCUACAUAAUUGGCCGACAGAAGAUAGACGGCACAGAGAGAGACACCAUACUAAAGGAAGGUAUCCACACAGUAGAGGGGAUAGCGGUAGACUGGAUGGGAGGUAAUCUCUACUGGACAGACGAUGGGCCUAAGAAGACUAUCAGUGUUGCCAGGCUGGAGAAGGCUUCACAGACCCGCAAGACUCUCAUUGAGGGAAAGAUGAGUCAUCCUCGUGCCAUUGUGGUGGACCCCCAGCAUGGAUGGAUGUACUGGACUGACUGGGAGGAGGACCCCACAGAGAGCAACAGAGGGAAGAUAAAGAAAGCUUGGAUGGACGGGUCACAUCAUCAAGUGUUCCUGACCAGCAAAACGGUGCUGUGGCCCAACGGCUUGAGUCUGGACAUUCCCCAGGGCAUACUGUACUGGGUAGAUGCUUACUACGACCGUAUUGAGUUGGUUUACCUCAACACCACUGAGCGAAAGGUGGUGUAUGAGGGGCAGGAGCUUAACCACGCCUUUGGCUUAUGUCAUUACAAACAAUUCCUCUUUUGGAAUGAGUAUCGUGGCGGCAGCAUCUAUAAACUGGACCAGGUCACUAAGACAGUCACCCUGCUCCGCAACGAGAGGCCACCCAUCUUUGAGAUCAGAGUGUAUGAUGCACACCAGCAGCAAGGCUCCAAUGCAUGUCGAAUUAACAACGGCGGCUGUAGCAGUCUGUGCCUUGCCAUCCCUAACAGCAGGUCCUGUGGCUGUGCCGACGAUCAAAUCUUGGAUGUUGAUAAUGUCACCUGCAAAGCCAACCCCUCCUACGUGCCCCCGCCCCAGUGCCAGCCCGGGGAGUUCGCCUGCAAGAACAACCGCUGCAUCCAAGAGCGCUGGAAGUGUGACGGGGACAACGAUUGUCUGGACAACAGUGAUGAGGCCCCUGAGCUCUGUCACCAGCACACCUGCCCUGCUGACAGAUUCAAAUGCCAGAACAACCGCUGUAUCCCCCUGCGAUGGCUGUGUGAUGGCGACAACGACUGCGGCAAUGAUGAAGAUGAAUCCAACACCACCUGCUCUGCUCGUACAUGCCCACCGAACCAGUACCCAUGUGCCAGCGGGCGCUGCAUCCCCAUCUCCUGGACAUGUGACCUGGAUGACGACUGUGGAGACCGCUCUGAUGAACCAGACUCCUGUGCAUACCCAACCUGCUUCCCUCUGACCCAGUUCACCUGUGCCAACGGGCGGUGCAUCAACAUCAACUGGCGCUGUGACAACGACAAUGACUGUGGGGAUAACAGCGACGAAGCAGGCUGCAGUCAUUCCUGCUCCAGCGUCCAGUUCAAAUGUAACAGUGGUCGCUGCAUCCCAGAAUACUGGACCUGUGAUGGCGACAAUGACUGUGGAGAUUACAGCGACGAGACUCAUGCCAACUGUACCAACCAGGCCACCCGUCCACCAGGCGGGUGCCACGUAGAUGAGUUCCAGUGUCGGAUGGACGGCCUGUGCAUUCCCAUGCGCUGGCGCUGUGAUGGCGACACAGACUGCAUGGACCUGAGUGAUGAGAACAACUGUGAGGGUGUGACCCACAUGUGUGACCCUGCAGUCAAGUUCAGCUGCAGGGACUCUGCUCGCUGCAUUAGCAAGGCCUGGGUGUGUGAUGGCGACAGUGACUGUGAGGACAACUCGGAUGAGGAUAACUGCGAGGCGUUGGUGUGCAAGUUGUCUCACCACAUGUGCGCUACUAACGACUCCAUCUGUCUGCCUGCUGAGAAGCUGUGUGAUGGCACUGACGAUUGUCCGGAUGGCUCUGACGAGAAACUUUGUGACUUGUGUUCAUUGGACAACGGUGGCUGUAGUCACAACUGCAGCAUCAUUCCCGGGGAAGGCUUCAUGUGCUCUUGUCCCCUGGGCAUGGAGCUGGGAGCUGACAAUAAGACCUGCCAGAUUCAGAGCUUCUGUGCCAAACACCUUAAGUGCAGCCAGAAGUGCGAGCAGGAGAAAUCCAGCGUCAAGUGUUCGUGCUACGAGGGCUGGGAGCUGGAGUCUGACAUGGAGAGCUGCAAAAGCACUGAUCCCUUCAAGCCUUUCAUCAUCUUCUCCAACCGCCAUGAGAUCAGAAGGAUUGAGCUGCACAAGGGGGAGUUCAGUGUGCUGGUGCCAGGCCUGAGGAACACCAUCGCCUUGGACUUUCACCUCAACCAGAGCACCCUGUACUGGACUGAUGUCGUGGAGGACAAGAUCUACCGUGGGAAACUGUCUGAAAAUGGAGCCCUGACCAGUUUUGAGGUGGUGAUCCAGUAUGGACUGGCUACUCCAGAAGGUCUGGCUGUGGACUGGAUAGCAGGAAACAUCUACUGGGUGGAAAGCAAUCUGGACCAAAUUGAAGUGGCCAAGUUGGAUGGGACCAUGAGAACCACCCUGCUGGCUGGGGAAGUGGAGCAUCCCCGGGCUAUUGCCCUAGACCCUCGUGACGGUAUUCUAUUUUGGACAGACUGGGAUGCCAGUCUCCCCAGGAUUGAGGCAGCAUCUAUGAGUGGUGAAGGCAGGCGCACUAUCCAUAGGGAAACUGGCAGUGGCGGCUGGCCCAACGGACUCACUGUGGACUACAUGGAAAGACGCAUUGUCUGGAUUGAUGCCAGGUCAGAUGCUAUCUACUCUGCCAUGUACGACGGUUCUGGGCUGAUUGAAGUGUUGCGGGGACAUGAGUAUUUAUCCCACCCCUUUGCUGUGACCAUGUAUGGAGGCGAGGUCUACUGGACUGACUGGAGGACUAACACUCUUGCCAAAGCCAACAAAUGGACAGGACACAAUGUCACUGUAGUCCAGCGCACCAACACACAGCCCUUUGACUUGCAGGUCUAUCAUCCGUCCAGACAACCCCAGGCUCCCAACCCGUGUGCCACCAGUGAUGGUAGAGGGCCUUGCUCCCACCUCUGUCUCAUCAACUUUAACCAGACCUUCUCCUGUGCCUGCCCUCACCUCAUGAAGUUGCAGCCUGACAAACGCACCUGCAAAGAGUCCCGCAAAUUCCUCCUUUAUGCUCGUCAGAUCGAGAUCCGAGGUGUCGACAUCGACAACCCUUACUACAAUUACAUCAUCUCCUUCACUGUCCCGGACAUAGACAAUGUGACAGCGGUGGACUAUGAUGCUGUGGAGCAUCGCAUCUACUGGUCAGAUGUUCGAACACAGACCAUCAAAAGAGCUUUCAUCAACGGCACAGGGGUGGAGACUGUUGUGUCUGCUGACCUUCCUAAUGCCCAUGGGCUGGCUGUAGACUGGGUGUCCAGAAACCUUUUCUGGACCAGCUAUGAUGCCAAUAAGAAGCAGAUCAAUGUGGCCAGACUGGAUGGAUCUUUCAAGAAUGCUGUCAUCCAGGGGUUAGACAAGCCCCACUGUCUGGUGGUGCACCCUCUACUGGGGAAACUUUACUGGACUGAUGGUGACAACAUAAGCAUGGCGAACAUGGAUGGUAGCAACCGCACCACACUUUUCACCAAUCAGAAGGGACCAGUAGGCCUCUCUAUUGACUAUGAAAAAGAGCAGCUGUACUGGAUCAGCUCAGGAAACAGCACCAUUAACCGGUGUCAGAUGGAUGGAUCUAAACUGGAGAUCCUGGAUGGUGUUAAAGGCAAACUUACCAAGGCUACUGCACUGGCUAUCAUGGGAGACAAGCUGUGGUGGGCAGAUCAAGGAACUGACCAGAUAGGAACAUGUGACAAGAAGGAUGGAGGAACCUGGAAGGUUUUGCGAAACAACACGUCCCCUAUGAUGCACAUGAGGAUCUAUGAUGAGGAUGUGCAGAAAGCGGGUAUCAACCUGUGCAGUAACAACAAUGGUGACUGCUCACAGCUGUGUCUCCCCACCUCACCAACAACCAGGGCCUGCAUGUGUACCGCAGGGUACAGCCUCAAGACAGGACAGCAGUCCUGUGAAGGUAUGGGCUCUUUCCUUCUUUACUCUGUUCAUGAGGGAAUCAGAGGAAUUCCACUCGACCCAGCAGACAAAUCUGACGCAUUGGUGCCAGUGUCUGGCACCUCUCUGGCCGUCGGCAUCGACUUCCACGCAGAGAAUGACACCAUCUACUGGGUGGACAUGGGCCUGAGCACCAUCAGCAGGGCUAAGAGAGAUCAGACGUGGAGAGAAGAUGUGGUCACCAAUGGCAUCGGCCGGGUGGAGGGCAUCACCGUUGACUGGAUAGCAGGAAAUAUUUACUGGACUGACCAGGGAUUCGACGUGAUUGAGGUGGCCAGGCUGAAUGGCUCGUUCCGCUAUGUCGUCAUUUCCCAGGGCCUGGACAAACCCAGAGCCAUAACUGUCCACCCAGUGAAAGGGUAUCUGUUCUGGACUGAGUGGGGUCAGUACCCUCGUAUUGAGCGCUCUCGGUUGGACGGCUCCCAGAGAUUGGUCAUGGUCAAUGUGAGCAUCAGUUGGCCGAAUGGAAUCUCCAUCGACUACGAGGAGGGUCUUCUGUAUUGGUGCGAUGCCAGGACAGACAAGAUUGAACGCAUCAACCUGGAGACUGGAGAGAACAGGGAGCUGGUGCUUGCCAACAACAACAUGGACAUGUUUGCUGUGUCUGUUUUUGAGGAAUACAUUUACUGGAGUGAUAGGACUCAUGCCAAUGGCUCCAUCAAGAGAGGCAGCAAAGACAAUGCAACAGAUGCUGUGCAACUCAGGACCGGCAUUGGCGUACAACUGAAAGACAUCAAGGUUUUCAACAGGGCCAGGCAGCAAGGCACCAACGUCUGCAAAGACAACAACGGCGGCUGCGAACAGCUGUGUCUUUUCCGUGGCAAUGGGGAGCGCACCUGCGCCUGUGCUCAUGGCAUGCUGGCAGAGGACAACCGCAGUUGCCGCGACUAUGACGGAUACUUGCUGUACUCGGAGCGUACCAUUCUGAAGAGCAUUCACCUGUCGGAUGAAACGAACCUCAAUGCGCCAAUAAAGCCGUUUGAGGACCCUGAUCACAUGAAGAAUGUCAUCGCCCUCAGCUUUGACUACCAUGGCGGUGGAGGGAAGGGAGCCAACCGCGUCUUCUUCAGCGACAUCCACUUUGGCAACAUCCAGCAGAUCAAUGAUGACGGCACAGACCGCAAGAUUGUGGUGGACAAUGUUGGGUCAGUUGAGGGCCUGGCGUACCACCGCGGUUGGGAUACAUUGUACUGGACCAGUUACACAACCUCUACCAUCACUCGCCACACUGUGGACCAGAGCCGCUCUGUGGCAUAUAACCGCAACACUGUGGUCACUAUGUCUGGAGAAGACCACCCCAGAGCCUUUGUGCUGGACGAGUGUCAGGAUCUCAUGUUCUGGACCAACUGGAAUGAGCAGGCUCCCAGCAUCAUGAGGGCGUCUCUCAAUGGAGCCAACGUGCUUGUGAUCAUCGGUAGUGACAUUAAAACUCCUAAUGGCCUGGCCAUAGAUCACCGUGCUGAGAAACUCUACUUCUCCGACGCCACCUUGGACAAGAUUGAACGCUGUGAAUAUGAUGGAAGCAGCCGUUAUGUGUUGUUGAAGAAUGAACCUGUCCAUCCGUUUGGCCUGGCUGUGUAUGGAGACUACAUCUUCUGGACUGACUGGGUGAGGAGGGCCGUACUCAGAGCUGACAAGUACACGGGAGGAGACAUGAAAGUGCUGCGCGCUGACAUCCCUCAGCAGCCAAUGGGAAUCAUUGCUGUGGCUAAUGACACCAACAGCUGUGAGUUUUCUCCUUGCCGAACAAAUAACGGAGGUUGCCAAGACCUGUGCCUGCCCACAUCUGAUGGACGGGUCAACUGCAGUUGCCGUGGAGACAGACAACUUCUGGAAGACAACACCUGCUCUUUAUUGAACGUGUCAUGUGGAAGUGUGGAUGACUUUGAAUGUGGAAACGGUGACUGUAUCAACUACAGCCUGACAUGUGACGGCAUGGCCCACUGCAAGGACAAGUCUGAUGAGAAACAGUCCUAUUGUGCCAAUCGAAUUUGUAAGAAAGGCUAUCGACGCUGCAUGAAUGGCCGCUGUAUUGGCCACCAGUUCUGGUGUGAUGGCACGGAUGACUGUGGAGACCAUUCAGAUGAACUGCCCUGCAACAUGACCCUGUGCAAAGUAGGAGAGUUCCAAUGCAAAGAUGGAAGCUGCAUCUCCAACUUUAGCCGCUGUGACCAGGUGGUCAACUGUGAAGAUGCUAGUGAUGAAAUGAACUGCCAGCCCACAGACUGCUCCCGUUUCUUCCGCCUGGGAGUGAAAGGAGUGUCCUUCCAGAGCUGUGAGAAAACAACUCUGUGUUAUCUGUCCUCGUGGGUGUGUGAUGGCAACAACGACUGUGGAGACUUUUCCGAUGAGAGAAACUGCCCAGAUAAAAGGAAGCUUAAAUGUCCGGUCAACUUCUUUGCUUGUCCCAGCGGUCGCUGCAUUCCUAUGAGUUGGACCUGUGAUAAGGAGAAUGACUGUGAGAACGGAGCUGAUGAGACACACUGUGACAAAUUUUGUACAUCCACCCAGUUUGAAUGUGGGAACCACCGCUGUAUUUCCAGCCAUUGGGUAUGUGAUGGCUCUGAUGACUGUGGUGAUGGUUCUGAUGAGGACCAGAAAUGCAAGUCCAAGACCUGCAGUCCAGAGGCUUUCCAGUGUCCCGGCUCCCACAUGUGUGUGCCUCAACGCUGGAAGUGUGAUGGAGACAAGGACUGUCCUGAUGGAGCCGAUGAGAGUGUCAAGGCUGGCUGUAUGUACACCAACAACACCUGCGAUGCUGAGAAUGAGUUCAUGUGCCAGAACAGACAGUGUAUCCCCAAACACUUUGUGUGCGAUCAUGACAUCGACUGCUCCGAUGGCUCAGAUGAAUCCCCAGAAUGUGAAUAUCCAACAUGUGGUCCAGAAGAGUUCCGCUGUGCCAACGGUCGCUGUCUCAACCAGAAGAAAUGGGAGUGUGACGGGGAGUUUGACUGUCAGGAUCGUUCAGAUGAAGCUCCCAAGAACCCACGCUGCACUGACUCAGAGAGGACGUGUAAUGAGUCAGCCUUCAUGUGCCAUAAUGGGAAGUGUUUGAAUGAGACUCUGCUGUGUGACCGCAAUGAUGACUGUGGUGAUGGCUCUGAUGAACUCAACUGCUUCAUCAACGAGUGUCUCAACAGUAAGCUGAGUGGCUGCUCGCAGCUCUGUGAUGACCUCAAGAUUGGCUUCAAGUGCCGGUGUCAUCCUGGAUUCCAGCUGAAGCGAGAUGGGAAAACGUGUGUGGAUAUAGACGAGUGUACAACCACCUACCCCUGUUCUCAGCGCUGCAUCAACACACAUGGCAGCUUCCACUGUCUCUGCGUGGAUGGCUUUGAACUCAGCCCCAAUGACCCCACCAUCUGCAAGUCCACAUCGGAAGAGGAGCCAUAUUUAAUCUUUGCUAACCGGUACUACCUGAGGAAACUCAACCUGGAUGGUUCCAACUACACUCUUAUAAAGCAGGGUCUGAAUAAUGCAGUGGCGCUGGACUUCCACUAUGCAGAGCAGAUGAUCUACUGGACAGAUGUGACCACUCAGGGCAGCAUGAUCCGACGCAUGCAUAUGAACGGCAGCAACAUGGAGGUGUUACACCGGACCUCCCUGAGUAACCCAGACGGCUUGGCAGUGGACUGGGUUGGCGGAAACUUAUACUGGUGUGACAAAGGCCGGGACACCAUUGAGGUGUCAAAGCUCAACGGGGCCUACCGGACUGUGUUGGUUAACAACGGCCUAAGGGAACCUCGUGCUGUGGCUGUGGACGUACGCUAUGGAUACUUGUACUGGUCUGACUGGGGUGAUAACCCUCACAUUGGGAGAAUUGGGAUGGACGGCACCAACAGAAGUGUGAUCGUAGAGGAUAAGAUCACUUGGCCCAAUGGACUAACCCUUGACUUCAUCAAUGACCGUAUAUACUGGGCUGAUGCCAGGGAGGACUACAUUGAGUUUGCCAGCCUGGAUGGCACCAGUAGACACACAGUUCUAAGCCACGACAUCCCUCACAUCUUUGCCAUGACUCUGUUUGAGGAGUACAUCUACUGGACCGACUGGGAGACGAAGUCCAUUAACAGAGCUCACAAGACUUUGGGUACCAACAAGAGCACACUGAUCAGCACCCUGCAUCGACCCAUGGACAUCCACAUCUACCAUCCCUAUCGCCAGCCCGAAGUGCUCAACCACCCGUGCCAGACGAACAACGGCGGCUGCAGUAACCUCUGUCUCCUCGCUCCUGGUGGAGGCUACAAGUGCGCCUGUCCCACCAACUUCUACCUGGCCAAUGAUCAGCGCACCUGCAUGUCCAACUGCACAGCCAGUCAGUUUGUGUGCAAGAACGACAAGUGCAUUCCUUUCUGGUGGAAAUGUGACACGGAGGAUGAUUGUGGUGACCGGUCGGACGAGCCAGCAGACUGCCCUGAAUUCAAGUGCAGGCCGGGGCAGUUCCAGUGUGGUACAGGCAUCUGCACCAACCCUGCCUACAUCUGUGAUGGAGACAAUGACUGCCAGGACAACUCAGAUGAGGCCAACUGCGAUAUUCAUGUUUGCCUGCCCAGCCAGUUCAAAUGUUCCCACCCGAGCCGCUGCAUCCCAGGCAUCUUCCGCUGUAACGGCCAGGACAACUGCGGAGAGGGAGAGGACGAGAAGGACUGCCCUGAGGUCACAUGCGCCCCCACCCAGUUCCAGUGUGCCAUCACCAAACGCUGCAUACCUCGUGUCUGGGUGUGUGACCGUGACAACGACUGUGUGGAUGGAUCUGAUGAACCCACCAACUGCACCCAGAUGACUUGUGGUGUGGACGAGUUCCGAUGUAAGGACUCUGGUCGCUGCAUCCCUGCUCGCUGGAAGUGUGAUGGCGAGGACGACUGUGGCGAUGCGUCAGAUGAACCAAAAGAGGAGUGUGCUGAGAGGACAUGUGAGCCGUACCAGUUCAGAUGUAAGAACAACCGCUGCGUGCCGGGCCGCUGGCAGUGCGACUAUGACAACGACUGUGGGGACAACUCGGAUGAAGACAAGUGUAUGCCCCGACAAUGUUCAGAAAGUGAGUUUGCCUGCACAAACGGUCGCUGUAUUGCCGGAAGGUGGAAGUGCGAUGGAGACCAUGACUGUGCUGAUGGAUCUGAUGAGCAUGGUUGUGAUCUGAAGUGUGACAACGACCAGUACCAGUGUAAGAACGGACACUGUAUCCCCAUCCGCUGGCGGUGUGAUGCUGACCCUGACUGCAUGGACGGCAGUGAUGAGGAGAAUUGUGGCAGUGCUGCUGGGCGUCACUGCCCUCAGGAUGAGUUCCAGUGUAACAACACUUUGUGUAAACCCCUCGCCUGGAAGUGUGACGGGGAGGAUGACUGUGGGGACAACUCUGACGAGAAUCCUGAUGAGUGCAGGAGGUUCCAGUGUCCUCCCACCAGGGCUUUCCGCUGCCAGAACGAUCGUGUCUGUCUGCACUUGUCAAAGAGAUGUGACGGGGUCAAUAACUGUGGCGACAACUCGGAUGAACUCAACUGCCCUGCCCCUCCAGCUGUUCCCACAUGUGAGAAGGAUGAGUUCUUGUGUGCCAACCGCAGAUGCAUCAGCUCCACUCUGCGCUGUAACUUCUUUAACGACUGUGAAGAUUACGGCUCUGACGAGAUCAACUGCAAGACAGACACCAAGCUAAAUGACUGUAGGAGUAACAGGACUCAGUGUGGUGAUGGAGAUGAAGCCCACUGUGUCACCAAUGGCACGGACUCCUUCUGCUCCUGCAAACCAGGUUUCCAGAAGACAGGACACCACACCUGUGGAGAUAAGAACGAGUGUCUGCAAUUUGGAGUCUGUUCCCAUAUCUGUAACAACACCAAAGGCUCCUAUAAAUGCAGCUGCCACAAAUACUUUACCAGGAUCAAUGACACCUGCAAGGCUGACAACAUGAACAGCAGUCGACAGAUUCUCUACAUCGCUGACGACAACGAAAUCCGAAGCCUGGACCCUGGCAUGCCCAACUGGCGCUAUGAGCAGACCUUCCAAGGGGAUGCCAGUGUGCGUAUUGAUGCAAUGGACCUGCACGUCAAGACCAACCGCAUCUUCUGGACCAACUGGCACACAGGCCGCAUCUCCUCCUAUGAACUGCCAGGACCGUCCACAUCAUCAUCAUCCUCCUCCUCUUCCUCCUCCAACUCUCACCGUAACCGACGGCAGAGCGAGGGAAGGAUCACCAACUUGCAGAUCAAAGAACUGAAGAUGCCUCGUGGUAUAGCGGUGGACUGGGUGGCUGGUAAUCUGUACUGGACUGACUCUGGUCGCGAUGUAAUCGAAGUGGCUCAGAUGUCAGGCCAACACUGCAAGACCCUCAUCUCUGGCAUGAUAGAUGAGCCUUACGCCAUUGUAGUGGAUCCACAGAGAGGGACCAUGUACUGGGCAGACUGGGGGAACCACCCUAAAAUUGAGACAGCUUCCAUGGACGGCACUCUGAGACAAACUCUAGUUCAUGAGAACAUCCAGUGGCCCACAGGUUUGGCUGUGGACUACUUCAACGAGCGUCUUUACUGGGCAGAUGCUAAACUCUCAGUUAUUGGCAGUGUUCGUCUGGAUGGCUCUGAUCCUGUCAUUGCUGUGUCUGGCAUCAAAAACAACCUGCUUCAUCCAUUCAGCAUAGAUAUCUUUGAGGAUUACAUAUAUGGGGUCACAUAUGUCAACAACUUUGUCUUCCGGGUCAAUAAGUUUGGCAAAGGGCCCAUGGAGAAUCUCACCACAGGCAUCAACCACGCUACUGACAUAGUCCUGUACCACCGUUACAAGCAGCCAGAGAUGACUAACCCAUGUGACAGGAAAAAGUGUGAGUGGCUGUGUCUACUCAGCCCCAGUGGACCAGUGUGUACCUGUCCUAACAACUACGUGGCCGACAAUGGCACAUGUGUGGAGAGACCGAGCCCCACCCAGUCACCAUUCUCUCCCCCCUCAGGGCCCUGUGAUAUUCAGUGUCAGAAUGGUGGGAGCUGCUUCCUCAAUGCCCGUCAGGUGGCCAAGUGUCGCUGCCAGCCCAGCUACACCGGAGAAAGGUGUGAGAUCAACCAGUGCAGGGACUACUGCAAGAACGGUGGCACCUGCACUGCUUCUCACACAGGUGCACCAACCUGCAGAUGCCCUAAAGGCUUCACCGGGCCCACCUGCAACCGCCACACGUGUCAAGACUACUGCCUGAACAGUGGCAACUGCUCGGUCAACAUGGGCAACCAGCCAACCUGUAGCUGCCUGCCAGAGUACCAGGGAGACCAAUGCCAGUACAGUAAAUGUGAAGGCUUCUGUCAGAAUGGUGGAACCUGCUUAGAAACCUCCAACGGCACCAAACUGUGUCUGUGCCCCACUCAGUACAUUGGACACCAGUGCGAGCUGGACAAAUGUCAGUUCUGUGGAACGGGCAAGUGUUUGACGUCAUCCUCAGGGGAGGUUUCCUGCAGCUGUCCCAACGGUCAGAUCCAACCCAGCUGCUAUUCCUGUUUGGACUACUGCGCAAAUGGACAAUGUUCAGUUAACACUCGCACACUGCUGCCUCAGUGCAAGUGUCCUGCUGGAUGGAGAGGAUACAGAUGUGAAGUUGCAGCUGCUCCUAGAGAUUCCUCUGCUUCCAGUGGAAGUACUGCUUCCAUCGUAAUCCCAGUGCUUCUGCUGCUGUUACUGGCACUGCUGGUGGUUGGUGCCAUCUUGUGGUACAAGCGGAGAAUGCGCGGUGCCAAGGGCUUCCAGCACCACCGAAUGACAAAUGGAGCCAUGAAUGUUGAGAUUGGGAACCCUGCGUAUAAGAUCUAUGAGGGAGACCCUGACGAUGACGCCGGGGAGCUCCUGGAUUCAGACUUUGCUUUGGACCCAGACAAGCCCACCAACUUCACUAACCCAGUGUAUGCCACCCUAUACAUGGGCGCCCACAACAGCCGCAACUCUCUUGCCAGCACAGAUGAAAAGAAGGAGCUUCUCUCCCAGGGCGAUGAGGACAUGAGUGACCCACUAGCGUAGAGCUUGGCUUGGAUUGAACUCUGCCAACAUUGCCCUGCCCUGCCCAACCCAGUGCUGAGCCAGCAAGCUCUCAUCUUAUGCCUUUACCAACUGAAAAGAAAAGCAACAAAAAAAAAAGCAAGAACACUGUAUAAAAUGUAUAAAAUGAAGGACUACUUUUUUAAGUGAUUGCAGUAUUAUAUUUUGUUCUUUGACAAAAAAAAAAUCCUCUGGUGAUGAAAAAGGAACCAUUUUAUAGACAUUUAUUCAGUUCUUCUUUUUAAUUUUGCUCACCUCCUCCUCACAACUCUCCCUCCCCUCUCACACAUAUAGCCACUACCUCUGUGCAAAUGUAAAAGAUAGAGCGAUACAAAUGGCCGUGGAACAAUUUUAAUUUUUUAUUUUUGUAUGAAUUGUAUAGGGGAAAAAAAGAGAAUAUUGUUCCAUCAUAGAAAACGUUGCCAAGUCUUUGUUGUUCAUGAAAGAGAGGAGAAGUGUCAGUGCUCACUAUGAAUGCUUCCUGGAUGCUGGUUCGGCCCAGUCUUUCACGUUAUGUGUAUAUGUAAGUUUGCUGCUGGAGGUCUAAAGGGAGAAAUGAGAAGUUGUUUAACUGCACAUGUACACAUGGAGGACUCAGCAUCGCAGACAGUGUCUGUUCUGUUGUCUCAAACAACUACAUUCAAGUGAUUGUCUUUUACCUCCUUGCACAGACUAAAGUUAUAUAUAUAUAUUUGCAUAUAUAUAAACCUAUUAACAAAGUGUCUUGAAAAUAUACCCAGGAAUACAAACAUCAGUAACAAAUAGCAGUCUGUACUUUUUAACAGUUUUUUUAAAGUCAUUGUAUAAUUGACAUACUUUGUGUCAGAAAUGAAUGCGUCAAUGGCAGUGUGUGAGUGUGCUGGAUGAAGAUGAUUGUAAGAGUCCACAUUCCAGGAUAAAAAGUCUGGGAUGGAUAUCCGUGGCCUUGGUUUAGCCUACUGCAGGACACUCUGGACAGAAGCCGGAUUUUGCUCUGAAACUGUUCUAGAAAGUUCUUUUUGGGAGUGACGGCAAGCUUCUGUGAAUUUCCGGUCAUCACUGAAAAACAAUCUACGACGAAUAAUUAGCUGAGAAUGGUAACAUUUAGCUUUUGUUCCUUGUCUUUUGAUUGUAAAUGUACUUUGAGGAAAGGCCAGGGAGACCGUUUGAUGGUACGAACUUCUGUGGGAGAUUGAGUUUUUUCUUCUUUUUUUUUUUCGUAUUGUAUGUAAUUACAUGGACAUGUAAUUUAGGUUAAUGCUCAUUGUUAAGUGCAUUCCCAGGAAGGAGACUGAUCAGCUUCCUGAUAAGCAUUCCUUUGUUAAUUCUUUUGCCUUGCUGCUAACGCUAACCAUCUGUCUGUGUCAGCCUGGUUUUUAGUCUUUCAAGUUGCUUUCUGUGUCUCACUGCUCACCACGCUGCUUUUAACUGAGCUUCUUCUCAGCCAUACCUGCCAUAUCACUCUGCAUGGUACUGUCACACACCCAUCCUAGAGGAAAUGCUCUUGCUUUGCCCCUCACUUUUAACAGUAUUCAUAACACUUUUUUUUUUUUUUUUUUAACAUCCUGUUCUGUUAGAUUUUCACCCGACCAUGUAAAUUAGAACAAUCAUUUUUCAGUUGGAGAAAUUCUUUUGGUGGCAAAAACCCACAUGGAUAUUUGUGGUUCUGAUUGUUUUGUUAUGAUUCUAUUUCUUUUUGAUAUAAGAAAUUAAAUGGAUUUUUAUAGUAGAAAUGUA